CUGGCUCUGCUACAGGAGCUGCCACAUGUUAUUAAUGUAACUUCACACCUCAAGUUUUGUUUUUCCUCCAGGAUGAGUCACACCUGUGGCUUUGCUUACCUGAGGUGUGAAACGUGCGUGUUACUGGUGCUGUGUGUUUGUAUUACUGAGUCAGUGUUUGAAUUCCAUUUGGCUUUCCGGAUGGGGAAAGGAGGAGGCGUAUUGGACUGGGCAUGCUGGAUUCUCAAACCUUCCUGAGUUUCCACUAGUACAUUGAAUUAUUUUAUUUGAUGUAUUUUAAAUAUCUUUCUGCCUUUUCUAAUACGGAAAUUAAUUGCGUGAAGACUAAAAAUUGCAGCAUGUGGCUUUUUUUUUUGGUGGGGUUUCUCUCCUUGAGUCUGUAUCUGAAAAAAGAUUCUAGCAAACUGAAUUAAAGGGCUCUUAAACCAUGUAAUACUUGCAGCAGUGAGAAAUUCUGCAUGUCUAUGUCAUCUGCCAUUGCCUAGUGGUGGGUAUCUCUUGCAAGGGAAAUUGUAUUUCUAUUUUAAUACCACAGCAUGAAGUGUGUAGCAAAUUGGUAUUUGUCUCACCUUAGUACUAAACUGACUAGUUCACUAAAUCUCUGAAAUUUUAGGGUAGUGCCAGGCCCUUCUCUUUGAGAAGCACACCUGUAACAAUCUACUGAAGUUUUAAAUAAACCUUUCUCAUGAAGGUCUGCACAACUUCAUACAUUGCACGAGAUUUACAAACACAAAACCUUUCAAACUACGUUCAGGACAAAAAGAGCUCUCAAUGUUCCCACAGCCAUAUGCCAGUGUACCUCUGCUCCGUGUUCUGCAAGUACCUUUAGGGUUUGGGCACACAACGAUUUAAGAGUAAGAUCAUAGUUGUAAUGGAUGUUUCAUAGCAAGACUUUCUAUUUUUAGUAGUCUUCAGUUUCUUCAUGUGGCUGGGUAAAGGUAGUGGCUUGGCAGAGUUGCCAAGGGCCACAAAAUUUUAUCACAUAAUGUUGCAAUCCUUGUUUCUAAAGUUGUACUAGCGAUUAAGUAUUAGAUAUUACUUAAUGUAUUAGAUAAUACUUAAAUAUUAUGUCUAGAUAAUGCUUAAUGAGUUGCAGUAAUGAUUAAUAUUGCAUCACUGCAUGUUGAUGCAGCUUAAGUCUUUAAAAAUCCUUUCUAUUCCCAACUGUUGGAUAAAGAGAGAAGAGAUUGGGAUCUCUUCAAUCAUCCCUCCCUGUUCCUCACUACUGCUUUUGGGUGCCUUUUUAUCCACCCCAAAUCUGCCUGACAGCUUCUGCUUUUACCAGCAGAAAUACUGGGAAGUAAUCCAAUGGUUCCUGGAUUUCUGGAGUGUCUACAACAACAUUCCUCCCGUGACAAACUUGCCUCUGAGAUGUAGCUACCAUUUAAUGCGGGGAGAAAGGCGCCCGCUCUGGGAAGAAGAAAGCAAUGCCAAAGGAGGUAUAUGGAAAAUGAAGGUCCCUAAAGAAAGUACAGCUGCAGUUUGGAAAGAGCUACUGCUAGCAACUAUUGGAGAGCAGUUUACAGAUUGUUGUGCAGCAGAUGAUGAAGUAAUAGGGGUUAGUGUCAGUGUUCGUGACCGUGAAGAUGUUGUGCAAGUCUGGAACAUGAAUUCCUCUUCAGCAAGUGAAGCAAACGUUUUAGAAAAGAUUCAUAAACUUCUCCCACACACGUCUUUUAAAGCGGUCUUUUAUAAAUCCCACAGAGAGCAUCAUGCUUUUGAAGGCUAAUGUGGAAAGCAUUGAGUGCAUUGUAUGCCAGGAUCAUUUGUUGUUAUUUGGUGUUUUGAGCUGGUCUGGACAGGAGGAGGAUGGUGGAAGACCUGCAGAAUUGCUACAUGGAGUUGGCCCUUUUGAGUUUCUGACAUUUCAAACUGGCCUGUUGCUACUGAAAAUGAAAAAAACCUGAACAGUUGCCUUGACCACUAAAGAUCUGAUUCAUUCUUUCAUGUUGAGUUGGUGUUUUUAGUUCUUAGUUGUUUCUUUAAAUAAAUUUUUUGGCCACUUAUUUGUUCAGCCAGAUUAUGUUUGUUCCCAUUUCUUUAAGAUAGUUGGCUUUUUCUUCUGUGCUGUGCUUAGUGAAAAGCAAACAAGCAGAGAUGCUAUGCUGCUUUUCCAAGAUAUACUGUACAUAGAGGAAUCCUGGCUUAGGGAAAUGUGUUUUCAAUUUUCACUUUGAAACAUUCCUAUCAUGUUAAAAUUUACUCACUGGUUUUGUCCCAAGAGAGAAAGAAAUUGCAUUCCAUUUAUUCUAAUGUUCAGUGUAAUCUGGUCUUGCACUGACAACAGCACAUACUGUAAAUGUAAACAGAAAAGGGUACCUUAAAUAAGCAAUUAAAGAGAUCACAUUUAUAUUGGGACUAACCCUGUGUAGGAUGAUGUUCAUGUCUUUUAAUUUUAUUCAUUUCAGAAGAGCCCUUGUUCAGGUUAGAAUCAGAAAUUUCUCCGUAGAAACUCAACACCUCUUAUUAAGGGUGAUAGGAUAUCUAUGGUUUUAUGUUGUAUUCUCUCUUAUGGUACCUUUCUGUACAUCCAUGAAAAAGUGUCAGGAAUAAUUUCUAAUGAAUUGUACGAACUGGGUCCAUCCCUCCCACUUUCUUAAGUACAUCUGGCCCAUAUCUGCACCCACUAUGUCAGUGUCAGAAUUGCUGCUGACUUCAGUGCAAAGGAAGAGAUCCCAUUGUCUGUAGCUUCAAGCCCUCAAAACUUCCUAAGUGUCCUUUUUAAAAUAAACAAAAAGUACAGAAAAGAAAUUUGUAUUGCAGCUUGAAUAGAAGUAUCAGCAGUGUUAAACCUUUAACUGUUUGUCUAUAUUAACUAUUUGAGGUGUUCUGAUACACUCCCAAAGACUGAUGUGGUUCCUUUUACAAGAAGCUGCAAGGUAGAGAUGAACAGACUCUCUGCUGAGCACUCCUUCAUCCUUUAGAGGUUUUUGUCUGGCAGCUCUUCAAGUUGCACUGUUUUUCACAUCUUUAGUAUAUUAAGAAGCAGCCAUAAAAAUCAAAUAAAUUUAAAAAUAAAUAUCACACAUUUGAGAUUUUUUUUUACAACUUAAUCUUGUACUUACAACUUUAACUUGUAUUUAUGGAUUAAAACUCUGUAGUUAAUGAGCAUUAUUAAUUAAACACGUUUUCUAAAAUCCAA